CCUCCGACUUUUUUCCGCGGAUAAAAAUUUGAGCCGUUAGGGCUCUCGUUCACCUCCUUUUCUCUCCGUUUUCCUCUCCGCCUGGUUCUUUCGCUCUCUCGACUCGCUCUUUCCUUCCUCUCCUCUUUCGCUGCUCUGUUGCUCCUCUCCUCUCUGCUGCUCUGUCGCUCCUGGCCUCUCCCGCUCCCUCUUUACUCUCCUCUUUCCCCAACGUCACUCCCUCUUUCCUCUGUCGUUGCUCUCUCGCUCCCUCCUUCCUCUCUCGCUGGUGUCUUGCUCCCUCCUUUCCCAACGUCGCCCGCUUGCAGCCCCAGUUGCUUUACUCACCAUCUUCAACAGGAAAUUUGGGGUUUUCUACGUUUUGGCUGUUGCUUUACUCAGUAUUAAGUGCAACUGCAGAUGGCCAUUUUGCACAACUUUCUCCCUUUGUAUGCCGCCAUUGAGCCAUUGACCCUUGGCUGAAUAAUUGUUCAUGGUAAAAAUUUCACAGAGAUCAAGUGAUCAACAAUGGUUAUUCCUCCUCCAGCUAGACCACCAAGAAUAAUAAAUUUCCUGAAGCCUUAUGUGCUCAAGAUGAGCUUUUCAAACAAAUAUAUAACUGCUCAAGUUUUUCAUCAGCCGACUGCCACAGUAGCCUCCUCUGCUAGUUCACAAGAGACUGCACUGAGGACGACCAUGGGAAACACUCAUGAUGUUGAGGCUGCCGCAAAAAUAGGCAAGAUCCUUGCUGAUCGUCUUUUGUUCAAAGGUAUUCCUGCUGUUACUGUGUUUCUUAAGAGAGAACAGAAGUACCAUGGUAAGGUAAAAGCCAUUGUGGAUUCUCUCAGCCAUGCAGGUGUUAAACUAAUUUGAGUUGCUUUCAGGAAUGGGGCUUAAGAGAUUUUCUGUGACAGAGGUGUAUGACAUUUAUGACAUGAAAUAGUUUUGAAAUUAGCAAGAUUGUUGUUGCGCCAUAUACAGGUCCCUCGAUAUGAUAUUGGUGCAAAUGAAUGAGCAGUUCAGUUAUACAUGUCCUCCCAUUUGCUCUGUUCACCUAUGUUUAUCAUACUAAAGCUAUGAAGCUAUCAUAAUUUUCAUUACAUGGGAA